AUGUGUUGUUUUCAUUGCACAUGGGAUGCCCACCAAGGGGUACACGUAUGAGUGUAUGCAUGUUGUGUUCGUGUGUGUAUUCAUGUUACACCCACACAAACAAAGACAACAAUACGUCAGAAGCAACCACACAUAUGUCUGUGCUGCCUGUGCCACGGAAGCAUUGGGGCUGCCGACAGACAGGAGCUGCACAGCUGCUGAGAGUGACAGAGAAAGAGAUUGCUUAGGUAAAAAACCGGCCACGCGCACGAGUAGCAUGCAUUCGCGCAUCGGACAGGCAGACAGACAGACAUCGCUGCACAUUAGUUUGGCUGAUUCUAACUCCUUCUCACACACACACACACACAGACAAAACAACGACACACGGAGCCGCGCCGUGCGCUGCACAUGUGCCUGUGCCUGUGUGUCUGCCUGUGUGUGCGUGUGUCACCACCACCCAGCAAUUUCCCUCCCUCCGGCCUCCCAUAGCCCCAUGAAUGAUGCACUCCAUCCAUCCAUCCAUCCAUCCAGGCACUCGCGAAUCCACGCAAAGAUGAAUUGUAGUCGGCCUUUCUGCUAUGAGUAUAAGAGAGAGAGAGAGAGAAGGGGUCGCUAUGUCGAAAAAAAAGGGCAAGAGCCGUUGUGUCUCGCUGGCUCGCUGCGUGACAUCUGUCUACGAUGCCAUCAUGUCUGUGUGUACUCUGUGCGUGUAGGGAUGGGGGUCUUUAGGGGGCAGGGAGCACGUGUCCUCAUGUCGAGGUCGUUGGCCUCAAGGUCGUUGGCCUGGAGAGACUUCUGGGCAUACCACACAUAGUGGGAGCGAUGCAGCUGUGUGGGUGUGUAUGGGGGGGGAGAGGGAUAUGUGUGUGUGUGUGCCUACUGUAGUCGUGCAUCGAUCUGUCCCAGCGAGUUCAAGAAUUCUUUCUUCUCGUUGCGAUCGGCCGGCAGCGGGGCUCCGCGGGCAGCCUACCAGACAGAGACACACACACGCAGAGAGGGGGAGGGGGGGAGCUAGAAUGCAUUUGUGUGUGUGGGGGCGUGUGUGGGGGGGUGAGGAUGUACCCUGGUCUGGUUCUGCUUGAACUGAAUCAACUCGUUCCGUGUGAUGUCAUCCAGCUUGGGCAGCGGGGGCUCCAAAUUCAACGCGUUGAUGCCCUGCGCCACCGACACACACACACACACACACACGUCUCUCUGCUCUGUGUGGGUGCAGAGAGAGAGAGAGAGAGAGAGAGCGAAAGAGACAGAGAGGGCCAGGGAUGGGUACCUUCAUGAGUCCGGUGCCGAUGGGUGCUCUGUUGGGGCUUGCCACCAGCAUACCACGGGCCUUGCGGUAGCUCCCUGAUGACACACACACACACAUACACACACAGACACACACACACACACACACAUACACACACAGACACACACACACACACAUAGGUAAGGCGUACACGUACACAGUGACAGUGACAGUCGCGUGUGUCGUGAUCACCUGCAGGCCCGACAUUCCCCGUCGCCACCCUGGCCCACCUCCAAGGCAUCACCCGCGCGCAGCGGCCCACCCCAGCAUCUAAAAUCUGACACAAACACACAGAACCGCUUCUGAUGCGGCUCACCGUUCCUUUGAAUAAAUUGGCGUGCGUACUUGUUGGGCGCAGCACUCGAUGUGGUGCACAGCAUACCGAUUCGGAGCCCGGUCACUCUCACCCAGAGACUGCUCCGUCAGAGGGUCCCUUCCGUGGUCGCGGAUGUGCCGGAGGAUGGCCGACAGCUCGUAGGUGUGCCCUGCGUUGGUGAGAAGCAACGGGUGAGAGGAAAUGAGCUACCUGCAUUGUGGUCAGCUUCAAGAUGCGUACAGUACCUGAGGGUGUGUUGACAGGAGUGCGCGGAACGGCCAAUGUGAUGGGACACCGCGACACGGAGGCCGGAAACUCAUGGUCAGGAACUGCACGGACCCAAUUGCAAACAAAUAGCCCAUCCAUCCCGCCCCUUGCUGUUGGUCACUCACCCCUUCACUCACCUUUAUCGAGUACUUCUCUGAUGAGAGCAGCAUCCACACUCCGGAAACGCAUUCUCCCAGAGGGUGCAGGGCGGAGAGCUGGAGGGUGGGGAGCGAGAGGGUGUGCGGCAGCGCCGGCCGCGGCGGGAGGCUGAGGAGCUCCUGCGGCAUGAGCAGCACCCGCAGGACGCUGAGCCUCGCGCAGCCAUUGAAACAGAUGUUCACAGGAAAUAAAGCAGAUCAUCAAGCAGACGAUCAGGCACCAGAGAACACCCAGGGAGAACCACCAGAGAAGCCCCUCCGGUCCGUCGGGAGGGGUCCU